CCAUCCAAUCAGGUGGGCUGAGGGAGCCUGGCGGGCUCUUCCUGUGUCAUGGCGUUGAAGUGUGCAUCGUGAACGGGCUGCCGAGAUUCCCCAGCUAAAUAAACCGCCUGUUUCUGUAAUUUCUCCUGGCUGCGAGCUGCAUUCAAAGGACCCCGUGGGACCCACAAGCCACGCAAUGGAGACAGUGGCCUUUGAGGAUGUAGCUGUGAACUUCACCAAGGCAGAAUGGGCUUUGCUGAAUCCACCCCAGAAGAAACUCUACAGAGAUGUGAUGUUGGAAACAUGUAUGCAUUUGACCGCUAUAGGAAGAAGCUGUUGUAACCAGCAAAUGGAAGAACAAUACAAAAAUUAUUCAAGAAAUCUAAGAAAUGAUGCAGACAAGUAUUUGAGAUUUGAAGAGACACUGUAUAGAAGUAGUAAACAUGGAGAAACCUGCAUUGAUUUCCGGUCCUUUCAGAAAUAUGAAAUGAGAAACACUGUAGAGAAACAAUGUCAGCAUGAGCAAUGUGCGAAAGCCUAUUCUGAUCUUAGUGAACAGACUCAGCCUGCGGAGAAAACAUUUCUAGGUAAGAAAAAUGUGAAAGCCUCCAGCACACCCAGUGGUGUUCAAAUCCAGGAAAGAAAUCAGGGUGUGGGCAGUUCUUAUGUGUACAAACAACAAGAGAAUACUUUUAUGCCUUCAAACUAUUUUCAAAUGAAUGAAACAAUGCAUGCUGGAGAGAAGCCCUAUGUAACUAAGGAAUGUGUGAAAACAUUAUCCCAUAGUCAUUCCUUUCAAAAACAUAAAAUAAUUUCCACUGGAUGGAAACCUUAUGUAUGUAAACAAUAUGGAAAAGCAUUCACUACACAGAAUUGUAAUGAGAUACAUGAAGAAAAUCAAACUAGAGAUGAACCUUAUGUACUUAAACAAUGUGGGAAAUCAUUCAGCACACAAAGUCAGUGUCAUAGUCAUCAAAGAACUCACACCAUUGUAUGUAAGCAAAGUGGAGAAGAAUUUGCUGAUAAGUCCUCAUUUGAAAGACAUAGAUGCUCUCAUACUGGGGAGAAACCCUAUGAAAGUAAGCAGUGUGUGAAAGCUAUCAGCACAGACAGUCACCAUCAAAGUACUGAAAGAACUCACACUGGGGAGAAACCCAAUGUAUGUAAUCAGUGUGGGAAAACUUUCAAGACAAAGAGAAGCUGUCGAAUACAUGAAAGAAUUCACACUGGGGAGAAACCGUAUAUAUGUAACCAUUGUGGGAAAUCUUUCAAUGGAAAACAAGAUUGCCAAGUACAUGAAAGAAUACACACUGGGGAGAAACCGUAUGUGUGUAAGCAUUGUGGGAAAUCUUUCAACCAAAAGCGUUGUUGUGAAACACAUGAAAGAAUUCACACUGGGGAAAAACCGUAUGUAUGUAAGCAUUGUGGGAAAUCUUUCCUCCGAAAGCGUUGUUGUGAAACCCAUGAAAGAAUUCACACUGGGGAGAAACCGUAUGUAUGUAAGCAUCGUGGGAAAUCUUACAAUGUAAAGAAAGAUUGUCGAGUACAUGAAAGAAUUCUGAAUGGGGAGAAACCGUAUGUAUGUAAGCAUUGCGGGAAAUCUUUCAAUGUAAAGAAAGAUUGUCGAGUACAUGAAAGAAUUCACACUGGGGAGAAACCGUAUGUAUGUAAGCAUUGUGGGAAAUCUUUCAUCCGAAAGUGUUCUUGUGAAAUACAUGAAAGAAUUCACACUGGGGAGAAACCGUAUGUAUGUAAGCAUUGUGGGAAAUCUUUCAAUGUAAAGAAAGAUUGUCGAGUACAUGAAAGAAUUCACACUGGGGAGAAGCCGUAUGUGUGUAAGCAUUGUGGGAAAUCUUUCAAUGUAAAGAAAGAUUGUCGAGUACAUGAAAGAAUUCACACUGGGGAGAAGCCGUAUGUGUGUAAGCAUUGUGGGAAAUCUUUCCUCCGAAAGCGUUGUUGUGAAACACAUGAAAGAAUUCACACUGGGGAGAAGCCGUAUGUGUGUAAGCAUUGUGGGAAAUCUUUCCUCCGAAAGCGUUGUUGUGAAACACAUGAAAGAAUUCACACUGGGGAGAAACCGUAUAUAUGUAAGCAUUGUGGGAAAUCUUUCAAUGCAAAGAAAGAUCGUCGAGUACAUGAAAGAAUACACACUGGGGAGAAACCAUAUGUAUGUAAGAAUUGUGGGAAAUCUUUCAUUGAAAAGAAAGAUUGCCGAGUACAUGAAAGAAUACAUACUGGGGAGAAACCGUAUGUGUGUAAGCAUUGUGGGAAAUCUUUCAGCCAACGGACUAAUUGUCAUAUACAUGAAAGAAUUCACACUGGGGAGAAACCGUAUGUAUGUAAGCAUUGUGGGAAAACUUUCAAUGCAAAGAAAGAUUGUCAAGUACAUGAAAGAAUACACACUGGGGAGAAACCAUAUGUAUGUAAGAAUCGUGGGAAAUCUUUCAUUGAAAAGAAAGAUUGCCGAGUACAUGAAAGAAUACAUACUGGGGAGAAACCGUAUGUGUGUAAGCAUUGUGGGAAAUCUUUCAGCCAAAAGAGAAGUUGUCAAAUACAUGAAAUAAUUCACACAGUGAGAAACCCUAUAAAUGAAAUCAAUGUGAAAAAAGCAAACACUACAUAGAGUUAUGAAAUGGAUGAAGCAAAUCACACUAGAGAUCAACCUUAUAUAUCCAAAUAAUGUGUGAAAGCAUUCAGCACACAGUGUCAUCAAAAUCCACACCAGGGAGGAGCCCUGUGUAAGCAAUAUGGAAAAGGAACCGCAUGGAAAACACCAGGUUCACCCAGUUCUGGAUGUCAGGGUGCGCUGCUCCCCACCUCAGGCCCGUAGCAGCUCUGGUCACUUGUCCUGAUCCCAGAGAGUCUGUAUCCUGUUAAUCUGUCCCUUCUUAUUACUGUUGGUCUGUUAAUACCUACAUACAGGUAGUAUCACUAUUAUUUAAUAUGGGGAGGGGAGGAAUUGGGAAUUAAAAGAAUUUAUGUAUCAUCCACAUAUACCUACUCUACAUGAUGAAUACAAUAAUUAUGCCCUGCAAAUGUGUAUUAAAAAUAAAUAUUUACUACAGAAUAAUGACUGGUCAGAUUGCAAUAGGCUGGAUUCAAGGCCCUGUUCAUGAAAUGAUAUGGACAAAAAGUAUUUUCAGAGAUUGUUGCACACAAUUCAGUUAAUAAAGUGUGUUGAUAUGGGGCUGAAGGACAGGGACCUGCCCGAUCACAGGUGUGACAUGUCAGGGGAAUGGGGAUGAUGUCCUUGUGGGAACACAGAUAAGCAGAUGGGGAUUUAGAUGGCCUUUUGUGCCUACAAUGCAGACAAGUACCACUAACAGUGGUGGUGACUACUGGGCACGACUGGGUCCCUGCGGUGCCAUCACAUACAGAGUGACUCCUGUGUCUAGUAUGUCUGCCUCUUCACACUGGAGGACAGAAUGUGCAGCCCACAUCCUCAGGGUCUUAUGGUAUGGGGGGAUGGAGC